GUGCACGGUUCACUUUAGAGCGUACUCGUGCACGCGCUUCUACAGCACUGUUCAAACCGGUAGAAAUAACAGCGGAACACAAAAAGAAAUAUGAAUGUUUAUGUAUAACAUUGUCGUCUCAUAGUUUAAAGUAAAAAUGGAUUUUCUCAUCGGGAGCCCGUUCUCCUCCCCGGUCGGCCAGCGUAUCCAGAAAGCCACUAGGGGCUCUUUAGAGAGCGAGGAUUGGGGCAUGAACAUGGAAAUCUGUGACAUCAUCAACGAGACAGACGAUGGGCCUAAAGAUGCAAUGAAAGCCAUUAAGAAGCGGAUUGUAGGAAAUAAAAAUUUCAGAGAGGUCAUGCUGGCACUGACUGUCCUCGAGACGUGUGUGAAGAACUGCGGCCACCGUUUUCAUGUCCAUGUGUGCACUCGGGACUUUGUAGAGGGUGUGCUGGUCCGAACCAUUCUCCCAAAAAACAAUCCCCCUAUGGUCUUACACGACCGAGUCUUAAGCCUCAUUCAGGCGUGGGCCGACGCUUUCCGGAACGUUCCAUCAUUGUCUGGUGUUGUGAGUGUCUAUGAUGAUCUGAAGAAGCGAGGUCUGGAGUUUCCUAUGACUGAUCUGGAUGCUCUGUCACCAAUACACACCCCCAUUAGGAGCAUUCCAGAAAACAGUGCACCUGCCCCACCUGCCCACAAUGCAGAACCCACAAUACACACAUCCAGCAUUACAGGCCCUCCCACUUCACAAAUCCCCCAGGCAAAUGGGGCACCUGCACCUAUCUCAACUGAACAGAAACAGAAGCUAAGGGCAGAUUUGGACCUGGUGAAGGGAAACCUGACUGUAAUGACAGAGAUGCUGAACCAGCUCAGACCAGGAGAGAGCUCUUCAUCAGACACAGAGCUACUGCAGCAGUUGUACUCCAUAUGUAAGAACAUGCAAACGCGAGUAGUGGAGCUGAUCCCCAGUUUGAGUGAAGAAGAGCUGAUUGGAGAAUUGCUUGUUAUCAACGAUGAUCUUAACAAUGUUUUCAUACGCUACGAGAGGUUUGAAAGGCUGAACACUGUCCAAAGAACACCCACAGAUCAACAGGUGACCGGAAACCUUAUAGAUCUUAACCAAGUUCCAGCACUAGCCAGUCAGACGAUACUUCCACCUGUCAGUCAGCCAGUGACCCAGUCUACAUCUAAUCCCGCAAUGAGUGCAGCUGCAGGAGACGAUGAAGAAUUUGACAUGUUUGCUCAGACAAGAGGAAGUUCACUGGCUGAGCAGAGAAAGAGUGUUAGAUACGAGGACCCUGGAGCAGUAGAGGGGCUAGCAGGAGCGCUGGACACUCGGCUUCAGGUCACAGCAGGGCGUGAGUGUGCGAAGGCUGAGGCAGGUGACUGGAGUCGUCAGUCUCAGUGGAUAUACAGUGAGGCACUGACACCAGCACCACAAAGUGCUGCUAUGGACGACAUUGAGAAGUGGUUGUCUUUAGAAACGUGUGAUUAUGAUGAUGAUGAUGAUGGUGGUGGUGUUACCAGUGAAGAGUUUGACAAGUUUUUGGCGCAGAGGGCGAAAGCAGUGGAACAUCUCCCUUCAGUGCCGAAAAGCUCCACAGCUCCUGGGAACCCUCCACAAUCAGCACAGAAACAAGAGAGCACUCAGGAUCAGCUCUUCACCCUAUAACACACUCAGGUUAACGGAGUAAGAACAAAGAAACAGGUAGCACAAAAUGCACUGCUCGGGAGUUGCGAAUUUCCUCUAACUGCCUUUUUGUACAGAACUGCGGCAUGUGUACUGUGCCUUUUUUCUUUUUUUUUUUUUUUUUUAGUAAACAUUAGGAUAAUUUCAUCCGAUGAUGAAAAAUGAAUCAUAAGAAAGUCAUUGAAGAAAAGGUAAAAUGUUUCAUGUUUGUGUUUUUUUUAAAACUAACCAGCAGUGGUUGUUUACAUGUAGAGAUUUUUUUUUUUUGCCAAUCAAAUGAAUUCAUUCUGAUUUAUAGAUUCCUAACAGAAUAUACACUAUAUCUUGCCGAAAUUCCUCAAUCUUUGUUUACAUACACCUUCCAUGUAAUCCCCCCCCCAAAAAAAAAAUAAAUACGUGUCCACAUUUGCAAAGAAUAUUUGAUAUUUAGUGUCAAUAACAAGAAGUACCUCAUAAUUUGUAGCUUGAGUGCUCAAAUUCUGGUGUUUUGUUUUAACAAGUUUUCACUUCCCACAAAAAAUAUAUAUAUUGAACAAAGGAUCAGCUUUCAAUAUAUAUUCAACAAAUCGUUCCAGAAAUAAUGGAUUCAGUUCAUUAUAUGGGACAAACUUUACUUUCUUUUUCAUACUAAAUUACCUAUAUGCAUGAAAACAUAGCUAAUGUCCUGGUUUGUGGGUUUAUUACAUAAAGCUGUCUAGUUAUAGAACAUCUGUAAAAUAUUAUUUCGUCUAAUAUUAAAGCCUCAGUUUGAAAGCUUCCUUUUCCCUUAACCAGCUUUACAGUGUGUCAAUGACAUGACAGCUAGCCAAUCAGAUACAGUGACCAUUACACUAUUAGAGACUCUCUUUCUGUCUCUCUCUCUGUCUCUUACACAUACUUUCAUACCUAAAUACUUUAUCACUUGUGCUGUGUUUGUGACGUUCUGAUAUCUCUAAACCAGUCUGCGAUUACAGAUCAGCUGUCUGGGUUAUGAAGUGUAGAAGAAUCACUAUAUGAUGGAGGACACUGUGAUGUACUUCUGUUUAAAAUGACCUGUAGAUUACAUGACUGUUGUAUUUUGCUGUAUUGUCAAAUUUAUUGUAAAUCUAUGACAGAAUCUAAAUUAAUAUUAAUAUGACCG